AUGCGGAUACGCUUGCCCUUUGCAGGUGUCUUCUUCGUCCUCCUCCUCAUCGCAGGCUACGCCGGCCUGACCUCCCUCCAACUCGGUCAAUAUGUAAACGACAAAGUCCUCCACUUCGGCACCUUCUUCCUCCUCACGAUCGUCUUUUACUGGAUCCUCGACACCAACCGCCGCCGCACCCUCAACCUCACUCUCACUGUCUGCACCUUCGUACUCGGCGUUGGCUCCGAGUUCUUGCAAGGAUUCCUGCCCAACGGCCGCGAGUUCGACUUCUACGAUAUUGUCGCCAACGUUGUCGGCUCGCUCGCCGGGUUGGGACUCUGCUCGUGGUACCACAAGCGCAUGCUCGAGCGCAAGCGCCGAGCCAAGACAUACCAGGCUGUUCCUGGCGAAGACGAUGCGGACGUGGAACUCGGUGAGGGACACGAGACGGGGGUUAUCGAGUCAAGCGGUGCGAGAGACGGUGCCGGUGGGGUUGAUGCCGGCGGAAGGUCGCUUGAGCAGGAAGUGGACAACUGGGAUGAGAACCAGGUGGACGAUUGGGAUGAGGACGAUGCUGACGGUGACAUUGGCGGAGUCAAAGGGAAGGAUAUCGACACGGGUGACAUUGGCAACUCGAAGAAGCGAGCCGACUAG